AAAAUCGAGUCUAGGCUUACCACACCAGCAAGAAAAACUACUUUUCUUUAGCUACAUAUAAACCCCAAGUGUUAGCCAAAAAAAUCUCGUUCGAAAAAAAUGGCUCAAAUGUCCGAGAUGUGUGUAACAGCUUCGAUCAAAGCUUCCCCACAAAAGUGGUAUAAUUUCUUGAAAUAUGAGGGCACCAAAAUUGCUGCUAUUGUUCCUGAAAUAGUGAAAGAAGCCAAGUUGAUUUACGGACAAGAAGGCCAUGUUGGAAAUGUCAAGCUCUUUGUCUAUGCAUUUGGCGCGGUCAAGGGGAGUGCGCAACUGGAGACCACAGUACUUAACGACAGCGCGACAACUGUUGGUGUUAAGGUCAUCGCCGGGGAUAUUCUGCAGUUGUAUCCUCAUUUCGCAUUUACAGCCACCAUCAAGCAGGGGUCGAUAGUCUGGUCAAUCGACUACGAGAAAGCUAGCGCUCUGAUCCCGGAUCCGACCAUUUAUGCUCAGCUUUUGGUUCAAAUCACGGCCGCCUUGGAUGCCUGGAUCCUUAUCCAUUGAUCGCCAUUAAUGCAACUGCAAAUUGGAGCUCAAGAAUGAAGCAAUAUGAAUAAUGAAGCAUAUAUAUAUAUAUAGUUGUGUGUAAUGUGUGUGUGUAUGUAAUAAAGGGCAUGCAUAUAUGUUGUUUGUCUUGCUAUGGACAAACAGCGUGUGUGUGCGCCCGCGCUCUACUUUAAUUGUCUACUUUCUCGGUGUGUAUCGAAACUUAAUUUUAAUUUAAAUUUCUACUCUUAACUUGCUA